GUGUUUCGCUGGGACAUUUUAGUUAAGUGCUGUACGUGCGUAAAGCUAGUUCUGUUUUUAUCAUUUUUCUAAAUACCAACCACAAAUAUUUUUUCUGGACCUGUAAAUACUCCGAACGGAUUAUUUUCAAUACACAACAGAAAAAAUACGAAGAAAAACCGAGAUAACACAGAAAAAAAUUUCAAUCAGAGAAAUAAAAACACCUAAAUUCGCAAAAUCAAAAUCAAUAAAAGCGGACAAAGUCAAGUAAUUGAUUGUGAGAGUGAAAGAGCGACAGCGCAUAAAAAGAAAAAAAAACUUCCAAGUCAACCGGGAUAAACCAAACGAAAACUCCAUACGUUCUUCAGAAUUUUAAAACAUUCUGCCAACUACAAAUAUUUAAUUUUUUGACUCGCCACAAGAAAGCAAUCAAAUCUCUAACAAAAUGUCAGGACAACCUCAAGAUCUUGUUAAUAAUCCAGUCUACGGUCCAUUCUUUGGUGUAAUGGGAGCCGCUUCAGCUAUCAUCUUUAGUGCUUUGGGAGCUGCAUAUGGAACAGCAAAAUCUGGAACAGGUAUUGCUGCUAUGUCAGUGAUGCGACCCGAAUUAAUCAUGAAAUCAAUCAUUCCCGUUGUCAUGGCUGGUAUCAUUGCCAUUUACGGUCUGGUAGUGGCUGUACUUAUCGCCGGUCAACUGACAGACUCAAAAACAGGUUAUUCACUGUUCAAAGGUUUUAUGCACUUAGGUUCAGGACUGGCGGUCGGCUUCUCAGGUUUAGCUGCCGGUUUUGCAAUUGGUAUUGUUGGUGAUGCUGGUGUAAGAGGUACAGCACAACAGCCACGUUUGUUCGUCGGUAUGAUUUUGAUUCUCAUUUUCGCCGAAGUAUUGGGUCUGUACGGACUUAUUGUAGCCAUCUAUCUUUACAUUAAAUUGUAAAAUGUCUGUAAAUGUAUUCAGCAUCCACGUGUUGCGAACAAAAUCAAUUUAUUUGCAAAUACUUUUAGCAAAUACUGUUAGCAUAUGAAAAAAAAAAAAAAAUCAUUACAAAUACGAAUAAAUAAAUUUAAAAAAAAAUCAAAUAAUAAAAUAAAUUCAAAUUGAAAACAAGAGGAACCACAUACAGUUUGGUUUUAAUAAAAAAAAAUGCCCACGCAUUUAAUAUAUUGUCAAGAUGAUCGACACACAGUUCAAAAAAUGAAGACCUAAAACAUUACAUUAUUCACCUUAUAUCUGUACAUAAAGAAAAAUAACUAGUUUCGAAACAAAACGCGGUUAGAAUGUGUGUGUGAGAGAGAGAGAGGGACAGCGAAAAAAUCUAAAUUUAUAUCCCACAAGAAAAUAGUUUGUCGCUGGAAAUCCAUGUAAAAACCGGUAAAAACAUAUAUUGAUAUUGAUUUGGGCAUUUGUUCCAAUCGGUUUUGAGAAAAUGAUAAAAAAAAUUGUGAAAUAUUAUAUAGUUUGCAUUUCGUAUGCAUUAAUUCAUAUUAAUCAAUCGGUUAGGAAUCAUUAAAAACAAAAAUGGAAAAGAUUAUUCUCUUUUCUCCAGUCCCCAAUCAAAAAAGAAAUCUUAUGUUGGAUCAUAUCGUGUUCAAAAACACGACAUCUGGGAAAAAAUACUGAUCAAGUGCACGCACAAAUAAAAUCCAUUUCAUCUUGACCGAUUAAAAUUUAACAUACUAAAUUUCACGCAUGAAUGAAGCAGUCAUUUCAAAAUGAAAAUAGAAUGUAAUUUAGACUUGGACAACAUCUUAAAUCAAAAGCUGCCAAUUAUAAAUCAAGUCAUUUUCAAAAUCGAUCCGUUCAAUGCAGAUAGACAAAUUUGAGUUGUGGAGAUGAUAGAAUUAUGAGAGCCGACCAGGUGUGUCAAGAUGCUGGACCACUUGAUUUUCUUCUCGUCAGCCAUAUCAGACCAUAUUCAACAAUUUUCUAAUUCGACAAAUCGAUAAGAUCAACUGUAAGCGGCGUACUUAAUUUCAUUAGGAUAUAUCACUUAUUCACUUUGCUACACCAGCACAUUGUUUAUGCGGAUGUGUACGUAUGUGACUUUCUCCAUAUUCACUCGAACAUUAUUUUCAUCAUUGUUUGAAUAAUACGCCAGCAAAUACAAUAUGUUUCACUGCAAAUAAAAUAUAGCACAAAAUGAAAUCCAUAUUGCAUUUUGUUCAUUCCGCUACGAAGGGAACAAUACACAUCUAUCCAAUUAUGGUCGACGACAUUUUUCUUAAUUCACAAUUAACUAUUUUCCAUACUUUUUUUUCGUUUUUAUUCACUAUAUAUGUAUACAUUGAAUAAUUUGUCUCUAUGUUUACUAUUUGUGACUGAAUUUUCAAAAAGAAAAAUAAAAUUCACAAUUUGGUUGGGUUCUAUUAUUAUUUUGAAGCAAAGAAAAUCAUUGUCUUUCUAUUUAGAUAUGCCAGUUGUAAUUGAGAACAAACUCUCCAAUCGAUCAUAUCAUAGAAUUGCAUAGUUAUGCGAUGCUAUGCUAUCUGCGAUUAGAAACCACGUAUUAUAUUUAAAAAAAAAACAUGCAUAAUGAAAAAAAUAUAUAAAUAUAUCACAUUAGGACAUUGAUAAACAUUUAGUUUUCAUUUGUGAUUUUGAUUCUAUUUCUUUUGCCUCCUUCCUACUAAAAACCUAGCAGUAGCAAAAGCCCAAGUACACCAUAUAUAAAUACAAUUCACAUAACUUUCAGUCACAACAUUGUUUAUUCAAACAAAAAAUGAAAGUAACAAAAACUAAUAACUGCGAAAAUGUUCAAAUGAAAUAUAUCACUGAUAUAAUAUCAGAGAGAAAAGAAGUAAAAUAUUGAGUCGCUAAGAUUUAAGAAUUGUCAGGGGAUGUACGAUGAACCAAUUAUUAUUAUUGAAUUAAUUGAUAUUUUUUAGUUGGAUAAUGUUAGAAAAAAAUGAAUAAAAAAAACAAAACAUUUAAGAAAAAUGUAUGAAUGCAUAAUUUUAACACACAAUUUAUUUGUACAUUCCAAUCGUGUAUAUUAUUAAUACUGUUCAUUUGUGCUUGUUUGCACAGAGUUCACUUAA